AUGAAGACAAAUCAAAGCCAACGACAAGUCACCGUCGUCAAAUUGCAUCCUCUCUGCUGCGUGGAGCAAGUUUCGCUGCUCAUGCAGAUUAGCAGACAUCCCCGCCUAGUCGAAGUGCUUGGCACGAGCUUCAAUCAGAACAGCAACUACCUGGUGAAUGAAUUUUGCUCUGGUAAAACGUUACAGGAAAGCAUCAAAACUAAAGCUCUAAGCCUGACACAUAUGAGGGUCAUUCUGCUUCAGAUCGUAGCAGGCAUGGAAGCUUUACAUGGCGGCGGCCUAGUUCAUGGGAAUCUUUCGCUAGAGAACAUUUUAUGCUUGCGGUUAGAACAAGAAGACAUCUCUUCAACGUCCAUCAAACUGUCGGAUUUCGGUUUGCUCAUGCGGCAUCCAGCGCAAGAGUCCAGUGUAUCCUCUCUGCUGCCGCCGUCUCCUGAUCCGCCCUCGGUUUCCUACCGCCGCAGGUCGCCUGAGAGCAUCAGAACUUCAACGUUUACAGCUGAGAGCGACGUCUGGGCCUUCGGGGUCGUCACAUGGCAGAUCUUGUCAGAUGGCAUCGAGCCUUAUUCUCAUUGCUCCAAGGAAGACCAAGUGAAACACGCCAUCCUAUCGGGAGUCAGACUGUCCAAGCCCAGUAGAUGUCCUGCCGACCUCUGGGAAUUGAUACUUUCAUGCUGCCAACAAGUUGCUGCAUCAAGACCC